AUGGCUCAAGCGAUUAUAAUAUGUGAAUUAUGUGAGGAUGAACCUGUUUUAAUGCAUUGUAAUUCCUGCCAUAUCAAACUUUGCACUGAAUGUGUCGGCAAGCACGUAUCCUCUCUAAUCUCAAAGAAACAUGACGUAGUAGGCUUCAGAUACAGGGAAAGAGACGUCAUACUGCCAGAAUGUCAUCUUCACCAACACCAAAAAUGUGAUAUUUACUGCAGAAACUGUGAUAUUCCUAUUUGUAGCCGAUGUAUCUUAUCUCCAGAACACAAACAACAUGAAAUUUCCGAUAUCAUGGACGAAUAUUUGUCAAGACGAGAGCUUCUUUCACAAGAAACAACUUUGCUUGAAAGGUUUGUAAUUCCAGAGUUCAAUAAGAUGGAAAAUUCGUUAAAUUCCGAAAUGGCAAAAUUAUCACAAGAUUACGAAAGUGUCACUUCCUCAUUGAUAAGCAAAGUUGAAAAGAUUUACCUUGAAAUAAAUGAGAAUUUUGAAGAAAAGAAAACGUUACUGAGGAAUUCAAAAGACAAUGAUCUCGGAGAGCUUCGAUCACAGAUGAAAGGCUUUUCGAAAAGGCACCGAGAAGUCCAACAAACCGCUUCCGGUUACAAGGCAGCUUUGUCUGGUAAAAACAUUGCAGAUGUUUUUUCUUGUACAGUUACUGAAAACCAAUUUCGAGAAAUCCCUUCCAUGGUUGAAAUAUCCUCUCCUAAAUAUUCACGGAGUCGAGAUCCUAACAGUAUCGAGACUCUCCUUGGUAAAUUUGACUUCGGAAAUCGAAUGUCGACUCUUCGUGGCUAUACCAUCUCCACUUUAUCAAACAAUGACGGCUUGGUCGAGAAAAGGUUUUUAAGCGAACCUAAAGUGUUGAGUUCAUUUGACUCUGGAUACGAGGAAAUUCAGACAAUUGCCUGUGCUGGUAAUGAUGAAAUUUGGGUGGUUGGAAAGGUUCAUGGAACUAUGACGAAAUUCAACAUUAAAGGUGUGAAGUUGGAAACUUUACAGGUUACUGAAGGCUACUCGCCUAACGAUGUCGAUAUAGAUGGCAAAGUUGGUAUGGUUACGGCAGAUAAAAAGAAUGCACGGGUUGUCCGUCUUGUGAGAACGAGGCCGAAACAGAAGAUACAGUUUGAUGAUCAGGGACAGCAGUUGUUCCUCCGACCCCAGGCCAUAGUAGAGAACAGAAAGGAAGAUAUCUGUGUAGUCAAUGGGGGUUCCAAAAGUUUGGUGGUUGUGAAUAAGUCUGGGAUUUUUAGGUUUAUAUAUAACGGGAAUCAGAUCUCUCAAACGUUUUUCUUUAGGCCAUCAUCGGUAGUCACCGACAGUUUUGGUCAGAUUCUUGUUACAGACACCCUGAACAGUUGCAUUCAUAUUUUGGACGAAGAUGGGGCCCUUCUCAAUUGUAUUGGACGGUUCAUGAUGAAUAUACCAUCUGAUCUUGACAUUGAUGAAAACGAAAAUCUCUGGAUCGGGGAAUUUCAUUCUGGAAAUGUGAAGGUUUUCAGAUACUUGGCAGCCUGUCGGACUGCUGAAAGUAUUCCUCCGAAAUAA